UUACGAAUGUUACAGCAAAUACACUGAUUGAGACAUAAACAAUGCCUGGAAAGGGACUCGCUGCUUCUGAAUUACUUGAUGAGAAACACCGCAUAUCAUCGACGGUUUAAUGUAUGAUUUUCACAUCAUAAAUGUUGCUUUAAGAUGGAACACGUAAUUUUUCACGUUUUUUCAGAGGGAGAUAAGGAGACUAGACUCAUCUGACCAGUGUGCAGCAUUUAUUUGACAAUCAUAACGUCAGACAGGGAUUGUCACCAUUACUGGAUUGUCAACGUUUUCUUGGAUACAUUACUGCAGCUAUUGUUAUUUCAAGCUAAAUAAAUAUUUCGAGGUCUAAUUACUAGGAAACUGGCAGGACAUUUCGUAAUGAUAUAAAACAGAAAGGAAGGAUGGAUUAACAAAAAAACAACAACCUCGGUCUACUGCUGCCGUUUUCCUUCUGGUGGAUUGAGUAUACUUUUCGUUUGAAGAAAUAAGAAAACGUUUAACAUUGACAUAUGGAAUUGACUUUUUGUUUGCGAGACCAUCGACUCCUGCUGUCCACCUUGGGUUACCCGACCAAAGAGCAAUAUUUUAUUUUGCAGUCUGAUGUUAUUUGGAAAGUGAAACAAGGAUUAAACAUUCCAGUCACAGUUGCCUGUUGUGUGUGUGGCAGGCUACAUUGUGAGGGGGACGGUGGUGGUAAGAAAGAAAGCUAUUAAUAGCUCAUGCAAUUCUAGAAAACUAUCACAACUGGUGCAUUAGCUUGUGCGGCUGGGAAUCGAAUUUAGAUUUCUUGCAUGCGAUUCGCAGCUGACUGGUCUCCAACACCUAAACGGUCGAUUUCGUGUUCAAUUAGGGGAUAAUAAACGCGUAAUAAACUACAGUGUUUUUCUAGAAGUUCUCGGACUAAGCACUCGUUUUGAUGGGGUUUUACGCGCUGGAAGAAAAUAAUAGAUCGACUUCACAUGGAUUACACUAUUAUACAUAUAUGUACAUUUUUUAAAAUUAAUUAUUAAAGUAGGGCUACCAUCAGAAAGACUGGAAUGGAAACGGAUUGACAUUUCUCUCCAUGGAUUAAGACACGGAUACAUUUUAGCCUAGCCUACCUGCUUUCUGCGUUUGACAAUGAUCAGGUUUGGAUCGCCUGAGCUGGACUGUAACAAUGUUCUGAUCUGCGAACCCACUUGGAUGUACGAAAAGAAACCAUUAGUUUGGUAUACAGUCAACGCGGGUUAUUGAUACAUUUGGAAUUCUUUCUUUGUUGACAAAAUAAUUGGGCUACUUGAGGUUAGCUGUUGAUCUGUUAGACAAUUUCCCGUGUUUUGGCGGUGGCGUGGCAGACUUGUGAGGGAACCGACUUGUCACCACUGCUCGGUUUUGAUACCGAUCAAGGAUUUCGAAAUGCCCUGCACUGACGACCCGAUCGGCGGACGAUUAUGACUACAGCAGCGAAUUGGGUGGCUAACGGGGCAAGCCUUGAAGACUGCCACUCCAACCUCUUCUCUCUGGCGGAGCUGACGGGCAUCAAAUGGCGGUGCUACAGCUUCCGCGGCGGUGGCGAGUACGGACCGGUGAUCUCAGCGCCGGCACAGGAUGACCCGGUGCUGCGCAGCUUCAUACGCUGUGUGCAGGCCAACCUGCUGUGUGUGUGGCGCCGCAAAGUCAAGCCUGACGCCAAGGAGCUGUGGAUCUUCUGGUGGGGCGAUGAGCCCAACCUCUCCGACGUCAUCCAUCACGAGCUGGAAGUGGCUGAGGAGGGACUAUGGGAGUGUGGGCUGUCAUAUGAAUGCCGGACCCUCCUGUUCAAGGCCAUUCACAACCUGCUGGAGAGGUGUCUGAUGGACAAGGACUUUGUGCGGAUUGGGAAGUGGUUUGUCAAGCCAUACGAGCUGGAGGAGAAGCAUAUGGGCACCAGUGAGCACCUGUCGUGCUCCUUCACCUUCUUCCUGCAUGGGGAGAGUAACGUGUGCACCAGUGUAGAAGUCGCCCAGCACCAGCCUACCUACCACAUCACUGACGACCACACCCGCCUGGCCCAGAUCUCCUCAGCCCCUGUACAAGUGAUCCUGAGUCCGUACGGUCUGGCAGGCUCCCUGACUGGCCAAGCCUAUAAGAUGAGUGACCCAGCUGUAAGAAAACUGAUGGAGGAGUGGAGCUACUUCUACCCCAUGGUGCUUCAGCGCCACAGAGAAGGGGGCGCAGGCACGGGGGGCAUGGGCGCCGAGAGGGAGGGCACUGACCGACCAUAUGACCCACACAGCCAUGUGGCCGUUGAGGUCAUCGUAGGUGGUGUGAGGAUGAUCUACCCAGCAGCGUUUGUGCUGGUUGCCCAAGGCGACCUGCCUGUGGAGGAGCCCCCACCUGCACCGGGAGCCCAGGGGGGCAGCAGAGACCCAUCUCACUGCAGCAUUCCCCUCACACCCCCCACUUCACCUGAACAGCCCUGCUCAGCGGACAGUGGCUUUGUGACAACGGUGUCCAGCGUCCUCCCUGCCCAGGAGAGUGCCAUGGGGGUCACCAACAGCCCAAAGCAUUCUGGGAAGAAACUGACCAAUCAGGUGGUGCAUCAGGCGUGGAAGGAGUGUUAUCUUAACCAACUGCAACACAAAUGCAGUGGGCCCAGUAGCGUGACGCCAAAGAAGGAGGCGCCAAAUGGGGUGCCCACCUGGGACUUCACCGACCCAGAGGAGAGGGCACCAUGCAGCUGCUCCAGGUUAAAGCAGCAGAAACAGCAGCAGCAGACCAACACCUCCUCUGCCAACCCUCCGUCUGGUGCCAACCCAACCCCCUCCUCUGGCCCGGCCCUCCCCCCUCCCUCCCUGCCCAAGCACAAGGCCACGGACAAACCCGAGAAAGCCGACAAACAGCCGAAGAGAGCCGCCGCCAUGACCCCCUUCCACCACCGCCUCUCUGUGGGCCAGGAGGCCUGCCUGGAACAAGACUCAUCUGGAGGGUCCCAGCUCGGCCUAGUCAGCCUGGACCCUCCCCUGGAUCCCAUGCCCAGCUGCAAGUACCCCAAGCCCCUCUCCGCCGGCAGAAAAGCUCCAGAGUCCCUGCUCCACUCCCCUGUCUCCCCAUUACCCCCCACGCUCAGCCCCCAUCCACGGGGGGGACAAGACCCUGAGGUACUGGACACCUCUGUGGGCAUGGCCCCCUGUCCGGAUGGGGCAUCAGGGAUGGGGGGGAUGGAACCCAGUGAGACGGCUCUGUAUGCAGCCCCUCUGGGGCCCAGGGAGAGGGAGGCUGGGGCAGGCUGGUGGAGGGGCUUCAGGACUCCCAGGGCUGAUAAGGCUGAGUUCAGGCCUCCAGAGCUCCCCAGUGACAGAGUGGAAGUAAAGACAGAGACGCAGGCCACUGAGGGAGUUGCACUGAAGAGACUAUUCAUGCAGACACAGAAGCGCUUCAAGAUCUCGGAGGAGUGUGUUAGGGCCCACAUCCAGACCCUGGGUCUCCUGCAUCAGCCUGGGGACCCCGGGGAUGACCCCUACGACUUCAAGGAGGGAGACAUCGAGUACAGCUUCCCCACCUCCAAGAGACUGAAGGGCCAGGGCAGAGACCCCAGCAAAAGAGGCCCCAAAGGAGAGGAGAUCAGCAACGGUGCACUGCCUGAUGGGAAAGACGCCAUGUCCAUCUUUAGCUCUGCUCCCAAAGCUGAUGAUGACUCACCGCAGGAUGAUGAUGCGGCGGCCAAAGCCCAAAACCCUUCUCUAACCAGGGAGACUGAUCUGGUGGUCCUCAUCUCAGACCUGGAGAACAUCUUCGACGAGGAUGAGGAGGAACUUAGGACUGCUUGCCCCAACCAGCACACAGCCAGGGUCCUGGUAUCAGGAAGUGAAGAUCGGAGGGAAGGGAGGGUGGCUGUGCCCUAUCCUUCAACAGCAGCAGACCUCCAGCGGAUGUUUCCCACACCCCCUUCCCUGGAGCAGCACCCGGCCUUCUCCCCCAUCAUGACAUACCGCGACACCCCCAGCCAGGAGCCCCCAGCCCCCUCGGUGGGCUCCGACCACCCCCUGGGCCCCCUGUCCUCCACCCAGCUCCAGGAGUACCGGAUGGAGGUGGAAGAGGGCAUGGCCAGUCCCAAACCUGAGGACAUCAAGGACUUCUCAUUUGUGUACCGUGUCCCCUCCGUCCAGCCACAGAUGGGCUGCUCCAUGUUUGCUCCGCUGCGGACCCUCCCCAGCCAGUGUCUGCCCCCCCUCAAGUUGCCUGACCAGUGUUACUACCGGCCUUCCUGGGCCCUGUUGCCCAAGAUGGAGCACUACUCCUCCCUGCCGCCCUCUCAUCACACCCCAUUCAUCAGAGAUGGAUAUGUCAACAUCCCCAGUGUUGGGGACCAGGAGUAUGCCCAGUUGAGUGCCAGCGCUCUCUCCGUGGGCACCACCGGUGGCAUCCUCCCCUCACCCUCCCCUGCCACCCCCCGCUUUUCUGUCCCCACCCCUCGUACCCCCCGCACCCCCAGAGGCGUUGGCACGGCCAGCGGGCAGGGCUCGGUGAAGCAGGAGGGCACCGGGACAGAGCUGAGCUCCCCUACCUCCACGCCUUCCACCAGCCUGCCUAUGAGCUCCGUAGCUGAGCCCCAUAUGUCCAGCCCCCCAAUACCCGAGGCCCACAGCCUGUACGCCGCCCUGCUUCUCUCUGACUCAGUCCUCAAUGUCUUCAAAGACCGCAACUUUGACAGCUGCUGCAUCUGCGCCUGCAACAUGAAUGUGAAGGGCGCCGACGUGGGUGUGUACAUCCCCGACUCCACGCUUGAGGACCAGUACCGCUGCAUGUGCGGCUUCAGCGCCAUCGUCAACCGCCGGCUGGCCCACGGCACGGGCCUCUUCCUGGAGGACGAGCUGGACAUCUUCGGGAGGGGCUCAGAGGUGGGCCAGGCGGCUGAGAGGAGACUGGCGCUCUGCCGCAGAGACCCACCCAUGGGAGACCCCCGGGCUAAGCGCCCCCAGGACUCCUCCCCUGCCCCUUCCUCUGUUAUGGUGCUCCUCCAGCAGCAGUGCUCCCAGCCCAUCUCCUCCCUGGCCUCCAUGCACCUCCCUCCUUCCUGCUCCUGCCACGGCCGCCAGGGGGCCCUGCUCCAUAGCUGGAUGGCUGACAAGCAGUGGGCGGAUGGCAGUGAUGCGUGUGUGGAGUGUUACAACGCGCUGGUACAGGGACAGCAGUAUGUGGAUAACCCCGCCGGAGGGAAAGUAGAUCCGGCUGUUGUGAGGAGCAGCGCUCUACAUUCCUGGCCUCACACCAAUAUGCUGGACAUCAGUAUGCUGUCAUCCCAGGACGUGGUGCGUAUGCUGCUGUCGCUGCAGCCCUACCUCCAGGACGCCAUCCAGAAGAAACGGAUGGGCCGGACCUGGGAGAACAUCCAGCACGUACAAGGACCGCUCACAUGGCAACAGUUCCACAAGAUGGCUGGACGGGGCUCCUACGGGUCCGAGGAGUCGCCAGAGCCUCUGCCUAUUCCCACCCUGUUGUUGGGCUACUACGACUACUAUGAUCGUAACUUCCUGGCGCUGUCGCCCCUGGCGCUGCCCUUCUGGGAGAAGCUGCUGUUGGAACCGUACGGGGGACAGAGAGACGUGGCCUUCCUGGUGCUCUGCCCCAACUCUGACACCCUGCUGGCUGGGGCACGGGUCUUCUUCCAGGAGCUCAGCGCUGUCUACGAGACAUGCCGGUUGGGGAAACACAGACCCCUGGCCAAGGUGUCCAGAGAUGGCCUGGUGCGUGUGGGGGCAGUGGACACAGAGACAGAAACAGAGAAGGAGAAAGAGAAGGAGAGGCAGGAGGAGGAGCAGAUAGACCAGUGGUUCACAGGGCCCUGGGCUGGACAGCAACACAUCGACAACCUCAGAAAACUUAAACUCUAUGCCCGAGCCUGCAGAAGGCAGCUAGGUCCACAGUUGUCUGCCCUGUCUUUGGACAGUAGUCUGUUUAUACCCCCCAAGCAUCAGCCUCCCUUAGCCCCUACGCCCUCCUCAGCCCAGCCUGCCCCCUCCUCCAGCCAGCCCCCCUCUGGCCCCGGGGCCCCUGCUGAGGGAGAACCAGCGGCAGCCCCUAGCUCAGGAAGCACCCCCACCCCCACGGCAGCAGCCUCGGACCAACCAGGCCCAGCAGAGAUUACCCAAGGAGGGGCCGCUGAGGCCAAGACUACCCCCAAUGCCACACCACCCCCACCCAGCCAGCCAGCAGAGACCCCUGAGAGUUUGGCAGAGCGGGAGCGAAUCGGCAUUCCCACGCUGGCGGACUCAGCCGAUAGCCACGCCCACCCCCCGGCCAUCGUGAUCUAUGUGGUGGACCCCUUCCUCUGCUCAGGCGGAUCGAGGGAUAGUGGAGGAGGUGGAGAGGAGGAGGAGGGAGAGGAGGUGGAGGCGGGCAGUGUGUGGUUACUAGGGCUGAUGCGUUGCUACACAGAGAUGCUAAAGACAUUGCCGGAGAGCAUGAGACCAGCUCUGGUGUUACAGGUGGUGCCUUGUCAGUACCUGCUCCAGCCAGCCAGUGGUGAGAGCCCUCUGUACCUGCAGCACCUGCGCUCCCUGGCCUUCUCAGCCUACUCUCAGUGCAGACGCCUCCUACCCACAAAGACACACAUCAAGUCUCUGACCGGUUUCGGCCCCGCCUCCACCCUAGAAUCUGUGCUUAAGAGCCCAGAGCACCCCAGCCCUCUACAGGGCUACUCUCCCCCGUACAUUCUGGGUCCUACCCGUGCCAAGAUGCCGGAGCCAGGGGAGGUGUGGGCAGAGAUCCCUCCUAGGUACAACGUGCUGUUUGUGGGCUACUGCCUGUCCCACGACCAGCGCUGGAUCCUGGUCUCCUGUACCGACCAACAGGGAGAGCUACUGGAGACCUGCAUCAUCAACAUUGACGUGCCCAACAGAGUGCGGCGGCCCAAGGUCUCGGCCAGGAAGAUGGGGCUGCAGAAGUUAUGGGACUGGUGUGUCGGCAUCAUCCAGAUGACCUCACUGCCCUGGAGGAUCGUGAUUGGUCGGCUGGGCAGACUAGGACACGGGGAACUGAAAGACUGGAGCGUUCUCCUGGGGGAGCACUCCCUCCACUCCAUCAGUCGCCAGCUGAAGGAGGCGUGUCGUAUGUGCGGCAUCUCCUCCGCGGACUCCCCCUCCAUCCUCAGCGCCUGCCUGGUUGCCAUGGAGCCCCAGGGUUCCAUCGUGGUGAUGCCAGAUGCGGUUACAAUGGGCUCGGUGUUUGGUCGCAGCACGGCCCUCAACCUGCAGACGUCCCAGCUGAACACCCCUCAGGAUGCUUCCUGUACCCACAUCCUGGUAUUCCCCACCUCCGCCACCACCCAGCUGGCCGCCAGCUCCUACCCCACAGAGGACAACGCCGAUGACAUGUUCGACCUGCCUUUCCCUGAUGAGCUGGAGAAUGACAUAGGACAUGACAUUCUCAACCUUCACCCUUCCCCCAACACCUCCCCAGUACCCUCCCCUGGCUCCCCCUCUGGCAUGGGGGGAAGCUCACAUUUCCAGCAUAACAGGAGUCAGGGAGAGAGGCUUCUGUCCAGGGAGAACCCUCCGGAGGAGCUGAAGCAGCAGCCUUUAGCCCUUGGAUACUACGUCUCCACUGCCCAGGCCGACAGCCUGCCUCACUGGUUCUGGGCCUCCUGCCCUCAGGCUCAGAACCAGUGUCCACUCUUCCUCAAGGCAUCGCUACACCAUCACAUCUCCAUCGCCACAGCCCAAUCAGACGAGCCCACUCAGACGAGCUCAGACAAGACCGCUAAGAGGACGCCUCACCCUCUGGACUCCAAGACCACCUCUGACGUGCUCAGGUUUGUGUUGGAGCAGUACAACGCCCUCUCGUGGCUGACGUGUAACCCUGCCACCCAGGACCGCCGCUCCUGCCUGCCCGUCCACCUGGCCGUGCUCACACAGAUGUACAAUGCCAUCCUCAACAUGCUCUAGCGAUGGGACUUACUGACAGACAGCUGAGGAAACUGAGUACUGGACAAUCCAUGGCCUCUGAGGUCAUGUGUGCCUGCCUGCCUGCCUGCAAUGCCUCUGCCUGGACACCAGAGAGCGCUGGAGGUCUGUUUUCUUUUAAUGAAUGAACGCAUGGGACGAGAUUUAUGGACCCCUUUUACACCUGGUGUUAUCAUGCGAUCUGUGAUCGAAUCGCGGCCAUAUUUCAGUGGAUUGAUGGCCAAAAUGGUGGCAGGAGAACAACAGAUGGUCCUUGGUUGGGAAAACAAACAAACGCCUAUGUACAGUACAGAGACUUUUGAACAUGAACAGUUUGGUCAGCCGUGAGACCAGCCUAGUGCAAUUCUUACCUUUAGAAAACAUCUCUUGUAAGAUGUGGUGAUGUGCCAACAACCAUUGUACGUUGAAAAGGCACAUACAGCCUGAGAGAGAAGAUGGAGAUAUCCAACUAUGCCCUUUUUAUUGUCAUAAUAGGACAUUUCAGUGUUACACUUGUCAUUAUCAGAUCAGCAUUGUUGUACAGGAGGACUUUCCACCCUGUUCCUGUGAGACUGAAGAUGUUUUGAAGCCAUGGAGAAGACAUGUUAAAGGGUGGACUAUGUGAAUUACAGUAUGGUCCUGCAUGAAGAAUUGGACCUUGUCCCUUACCAGCCAUGACAGUGAUACCUUGGGAGCUAUAAAAGCCAAAAUCAUGUAGGAUGGGAGCCUGGGAGUCACAUGCAUAAAAGUCCUGUAUCUGCCCCACACUGCACAACCAGGGAACCAAAUGACCACAGCAACACAGCAGCUUCUUACCUUCGAUUUGACACAUUUGUAUAGAACUGUGGUUGUAAUGACUCAAAAGUUUAGUAAUGAAAUUCAUACCAACAUUCAUAAGAGGGUGAAGAACACAACAAUUUCCUAUGAGGGGAAAAGCAUUUGAUAAUGACACUUUUUCCUUACUUUUGGAAGUGACAGUUGUAUUGCUGUAGAUAUGAACACACUGAAUACUAGUUGACAAAUCUUUAUAGUGUAAAAAAAAUAAUUUGCAAAGAAUUGAGACUUAUUUUUAAUAUUUAAAACAUAAUUUUGAACACAGAAAAAUGAUCAAGGCCCUUUCCAAAUUUAAUAUCAAUUGCCUUUGGGUCGGAAAUGGAAAUUGUCCUUUUAAAGGAAAUUGUAACAAAAAUUGUUAAAAUGCCAUAUUUAUAUAUAGUAUAUAAUGCAUAUAAAUUCAAAUAUAUAUAUGUAUAUAAAUAUAUAUAUAUAUAUUACCUCUCUAAAACAACCACAUGAUGGUGAUGGUGGUGGGGGUUUAUACAUAACUUUCUUUUUGAAGAGGCAACAUAUACAUCUUUUAUUAAAGACAAUGCAUUUUAGUUCUAUACUUUUAAACUUUUUCAAUUAUUGAAAUGUUGACUUUUAGCCUUUUUAUUGAAUCCGUUUCAGUUAAGGUUCUCAAUACUGCAAAGAUAUAUUUAUAAAGUGUCUCUCUUCUCCUGCUAAAUAAACUUGAAAUAGGCAAUAGACUUCAAUGUUAUGUAUUUGAGAGUUACUUGGGUGUUGUAUAUUUAACUAAUAUGCUUUACUUCAGUGGUGGUCCCAAAUGAUGUCAAGCAAACCAUCAGAAAAGCCUAUUCCUUGAGCCCCUCCACUCAAAUAGCCCUGCUAUUUGUACAAUUCCUAGCAUGUUUGUAUACAAUUUUCAGCUGUGUUUUGGGAAUUUCUCAAGGCUGUACAUUUCACGCCGGUUUGAUUUACUUUAUAUUAAGUGAUUCCUAUUAAGUAUUUUCAAAUAUAAAUAUAUGCAUAUGAAGUCUCAUUCAAACACAGCCAAGGGUGUAAUGCCAAUACUUGUACACUAAAGUACAAAAGAGGACAAGUUUGCAAAUUUGUUACAUCUGCCAUCACUUUGAAUAUGAGACAGAUCAAUCUCGGAGAAGAGAUCUGUGACUUUUACACUCUUUUUUUAGUAAAUUAUUAAAACUCUUGACAAAUAAA